GUACUCAGCUGUCACAAGUGGUAAACAAAACAGUGGAAAAGGUCCGGGAUGGAGGCUGAUUUUUCGCCGGCGGACACGGAACAAGAACCUGAAGCAGGUUCGGAGGCUGUACUUCCAGAAACACCUUCACCAGAAUAUCUGCAACGUAAACUCUACUUCCUCCUGGAGCAGCUGAAAAAUAUGCACCAGGCGCUACCUGAGACUUACCAGAUGCGGAUAUCCUAUGAGCUCCUGACCUGCUUAGCCAAUUGUCUGCUGAACGACACGAUAUUUGAAAUUGUGAAGGGUUUAAUGGAGAUUCAGCACGUGACGGAGAAACACCUGCAGCAGUUGCGGGAUCAGGUGGAGAACGAGUACCAAAUUGAGGUGGAAGAGUGGAUUUCCAAGAUCCAGGAUAAGGAGGAGUUGGAGCACAUUCUUGCGCUGAUGAAAAUCAAGCAUAAGAAGAAACUGAAGGAGACUGACAUCAAGCUUGUGGCACAUUUGGAUCAAAAGGUUCACGAUCAACAAGCAACUCUCGAAAAAGCUGGUGUCCCUGGGUUCUACGUCACAGAUAGUCCAAAAGAAAUAAAAAUUCAAAUGCAUUUACUGGAUUUCAUCUUGCGGCUAAGUCGGAUCAAAUUUGAACCUAACAAAUAACAUUUACUUCCCUCCGCGUCGACUUCGUCUUUGUCGAUGCGUUCAUUUAGUUCAAGUUUUUACGAUGAAGGUUUUACAAUGUGAUCAGGUUUUCGUUUAAGGUUGAAAUAUUUUGUUUUCAAAUUCAUCAUUUUGAUGUUUUAAUAUUUUAUUCUAUUUUUUAAAUUUUACUGUCUAGCAGUAUUGAAAUUGGAGGUAAUUUCCCCCUCCUCCUCAUUUUAUCUCGUUCAUAAUUAUUUUAGAGUAAUUGGAAUCGGUUUGGAAAAUAAGCUUGAUUCAAUCCUUACCAAAAUAAGGAAAAAAUCAGCUCUCGACUAUACAUUUGGAGGAAGAACUGUUGUAAUAAAUUGUAAAUACGUAAUUUAGGGUAAUCAUACAUUAAAAAAGAUUGUGGAUGCUCUUAUAUUCCACAAAGAAAUUAACAGGAGGCAUAAGAUAGUUCUUAGACAUAGAAAUUUAGAAUUCAAUGUAAGUAUUGAUAUGGAUCUGUUUUAUCUACGGAAUAAAGUAAAUACUGUACAUGA